ACAAUGACAACUACAUACGUCGCCUAUCUAAAGACCCGAUGGUUGCACUGAACACUAAUCUUUCAGCACUCCUAACAGGUGUUUUCUGCUUCUGUGAUUUUAUUCAACUUGAAGUUUUCUCUAAAUUCCUCCUGGAAGAUCCGAUUCUUUUCCUCCCUCCUUGGCUCAGCUGCAAAGACACUUAAUCUGAAACACAGCCUUCAUUCUCUUCUAGCUCUAGGGUUCUUGAAUCGCCUGUCUACUUGAUAAUGAACCGCUGGGAUCACGCGGCGCCUGGAUUAGCUGUUUGCAUUAACAACAUGGCACAAAUAUGACAGUUAUCAGAAAAUUAUGUUUUCAUUCAAGGCAUUUUUUUUUUGUUUAGGGGUCUUUCCUGCAAAACGCAUCGCUCUCUGAGCAAGUAUUACUAGUAAACUAUAAAAUGACUUGAUUUAAACAGGAAAAUAUUUUGACUCGCAUAUAUAAGAUCCCAUUGCACCAUUUAAACCUUAAUAUGAAACAAAUUACACUGGUUUCAGAGGUGUUAACCCCAAAUACAGCAAAUAAUCAGCCAUUAAAUUAUUUUUUAAUGUCGGUGUCACUUUUUACAAAGAACAAAGGUAAAGUGCAGUCUACUUUAGGGAUGAUGGUGAUCUGUGUGUUUGGCAGACAUGUGAAGUAAAGCAGAGAAAUGUGUUUAAGACGUUAUUUUUUACUUUCUCAGCUCAGAAAAUGAGCUUAAACUGAAUAAGGCGCUAAAUAAACUAUAAAGGGUUUAACUGUUAUGGUGCUUUGUCGCCAUCAAGCGGCAGAUUGUUGGAACUUCAGGUAGAAUCCGACGUUGAUGGAAGCUGUGCAGAAAUGGAGCUGAGCCAGUUUGGGUGCAAAUUGAAAACCGCCAGACGGUUACUGUUUUAGAUUUUUUUUAACUAUUAAAAUUGGAUACAUUUAAGGAUUAACCAUUGAGGUUUGCAGAUUAUACAUCUUUAAUUAAACUAUUCAAGUUUUUUAGUACAUGCCUGAUUUAGUCACUGGUGGGAUGUUUACACGUGAGGGAAAUAUUUAUAUUUACAGUUCUUUCUAAAGAUACUUGUAGUCCUGAACCAGGUCAAUAAAAGAAUCCUGGGAAUAUUGUCCAUCACAGAGCUCACCCAGUGCUGUGACUGACGUCUGUUUAGCCCGUGGGGAUGCAGCAGGUUGGUGCUUCCCUGUGUGGGCGCUUUUGUCAGACGGCGCAUGCGCUCUGACGUUAGUAUUUAAUCACUGUAAAUGUUCCACAACUUUUACCAGCUUUACCUGUUAUUUCUUUGAUAUUCCUUAUUAGUUUUUGCUCGUUUUCCAACUGCGCAGCUCCUGCGUGAAGCGCGCGCGCAGCCGCGUCACAAUUCGGCGCUCCUAAAACGUCAUCACGUUUUUCCUCGGCAUUCAUGUGUUAUGGCCGCUUCCGUGGGAAGGAAAGAAGUGUUAUGUGGUCGUUUUAUCGGGAUAAAUUACCCGUUAGACAGACGUGCUUAGGAUGGCGGUGACCCAGUUUUUUCGGCAGGUUGUCCGGAAGUCGGCAGUCGGUGUACCGUUCCACAGAGGUUACGGCAAGUUUCAGCCGUCUCCAUCUCUAAAGGAGCGACUCCGAGUCUUUGAGUCUCUCAGGGAAAAACGAGGGAAGAAGGGAGUUGCCGAGAAACCCCUCAGCAUCCAGCUGGCUGAUGGCCGGACGGUCAAGGGAACAGCUGGUGUCAGCACACCUCUCGUUGUUGCACAGAGUCUGAGGCUGAAAGGAGCCCUGGUGAGCAGGGUGAACGGGGAGCUGUGGGAGCUGGAGCGCCCUCUAGAGGCAGACUGUGAACUACAGCUUCUGGGGUUUGAUACAGUUGAGGGAAAACAGGCAGCUUGGAGGACAGGAGCGUGUGUCCUCAGCGGUGUGUUGGAGGGUGUGUUUGGUUCAGAGGUCUGCAGAGAAGGAGCGUCAGAAUUUGGACUUUACUGCGACCACGUGCUGAACAACAGUCAUUUUUCUCUGAGUGAAGUGGAGGAAAAGUGUCGAGAGGCUGCAGCGCUCAGACUUCCUUUCUUCAGAUUAGAGCUGAACUCAGAGGAGCUCGGAGAACUCUUCCAGGACAGUAAGCUCAGGCUGCAGCUUGUCGAAGAGGAGAUGAGCGGCUCCUCUGUCACAGUGUACAGGUGUGGGGACAGUGUGUCGGUGUGCCGUGGCCCCCUCCUCCCACACACAGGCUUCCUCAAGGUCUUCAGGAUGCUGCAGCUGUCCCCCAUCACCCUGGCCAAUCAGACGGAGUCCUCGGGCCUAACGCGCCUGAUGGGGGUGGCGUUUCCAGCAGAGAGGGACAGGGAGGCGUGGGAGAGGGAGCAGGAGGCGGCGAGGAGGAGAGACCACAGGCGUAUUGGAAUGGACCAGGAGCUGUUCUUCUUUAACGAGGUCAGCCCAGGCAGCUGCUUCUUCCUGCCUAAAGGAGCCCACAUCUACAACACCCUGAUGGAGUUCAUCAAGAGCGAAUACCGAAGGCGAGGCUUCUCCGAGGUCGUGACCCCAACUCUGUUCAGCACGGCGCUGUGGGAGCGCUCGGGCCACUGGGAGCACUACGGCAAGAACAUGUUCACCGUGACAUCAGAGGGCUCUCUCACACACGCUCUAAAGCCCAUGAACUGUCCUGCUCACUGUCUCAUGUUUGAGCAUCGAGUUCGCUCGUGGCGGGAGCUUCCUCUGCGAUGGGCCGACUUCGGAGCGCUGCAUCGGAACGAGCUCUCCGGAGCUCUGGGAGGUCUGACUCGGGUCCGAAGGUUCUGCCAGGACGACGCUCAUAUCUUUUGUGCCCCUGAGCAGCUGGAGGAGGAGAUUGUGGCUUGUUUGGACUUUGUGCGGAGCGUCUAUCGAGUGUUUGGGUUUUCCUUCCACUGCCUGCUCUCCACUCGUCCCACGCCAUGCCUCGGAGAUCCUGAGCAGUGGGAUGACGCCGAGCAGCAGUUGGAGAACAGUCUGCAGCAGUUUGGUGAACGCUGGGAGCUGAAUCCUGGAGACGGAGCGUUCUACGGACCAAAGAUCGACAUCCUGAUUAAAGAUGCAAUCGGCCGGCAACACCAGUGUGCCACAAUCCAGCUGGACUUCCAGCUGCCCAUCCGAUUCGACCUCCAGUACUUGGGGCGAGAUGGACAGAAGCACCGACCAGUGAUGAUCCACAGAGCUGUACUGGGAUCACUGGAGAGAAUGAUCGCCAUCCUGGCCGAAAACUUUGGAGGAAAAUGGCCCCUGUGGCUGUCUCCGGCUCAGAUAUCGGUGAUCCCUGUAGGGGGCAGCAGUGAGUCAUAUGGCAGACAGGUGGCCCAGCAGUUCUGUGACGCCGGCUUCGUGGUUGAUCUGGAUGUAGAUCCGGGUGCAACCUUAAAUAAGAAGAUCCGCUCCGCUCAGUUGGCCCAGUACAACUACAUAUUUGUGGUGGGCGAUAAGGAGUGUGAGAGCGGGACGGUGAGUGUCAGGAGCAGGGCGGGGAAACAGCUGGGCAGGAGGCCCACGGAGGAGGUGCUCGGGUCCCUCCAGCAUCUACGGAACUGCAGGAGCAACCUGGAUGAGUUCUGAUAGGAGGAACCUGGAUCGUCAAGUUUCUAUGUUCAUUUUGACUGUUUUCAUAUAAAUACGAACGUUGUGAUUUAAAAUAAACUCUGAAGCUUCA